AAAUAACGGAAAUACAAUCCGGUACUUGCCUCUUUUUUAAAAAAAUACUGAAGCUGACUCUUUGACGGCGCAUUUUCAUGUAGCAUUCUCUACGUUGCUGGCAUUUUGGGUAGGACAAUGUCAAAAAUUCCCAGAGCAGGACAGCUCCAUACAGAGCCAAAGAAAUCCGCGCAUAAAAACGAAAUGAAGGACACAGCAACCGGAUGUGCUUCAGCAAAGACUCACCAAAAAGAUGGUGGCCUAAGACAAAAAGAACACAUAUCACGAGAAAAUGUUGUGCCAAAAGUUUACAAAGGGGUUUCAACAAGAUAUGAACUGCAGGCAGAACUCAAGGAGCAAAACCAACAAUUGUCAGCUGCCAAAGGGGAACUGGAGAAAAAACUUACGGAAACACAGCAAAAAGUUUCUCAUCUGGAGCAGCAGUGCAGUGACCUUGAAAAAGAGAAUUCUGAGGUCCAGAAAAACCUCAAGGACUGUCAGAUAAUCCUAGUGGCUGCAAAAAUAGACCCAAUUUCAGGAGAACUAAUUGGUGAAGCUGCACGCCAGAAUGAAGAACAAAGAAAAGAAGUCAUGGGUGUCUCCGCAGACCUGUUGAAAGAAUUAAAGGUUUUUGGGAACAUGGCAACUCAGCAGCAUUCUCGUCUGCAGGGACUCCAGAAAACAAUGAAAGACCUAACUGAAGCACGGGAACAAAUGAUGCAAGAGAUACAGACCUUCGCUCGGGAGGCUGCUGACAUGGAAAAAGCUCUGAUGGAGGCAGAAGCUCUGUUAUUGUAAAUGUGUUGUGCCGCCUUGUCUAAAUGUGCAAACGUGCCCGUUAAUAUGGAGUCUAAUGUUCGUAUUGUUCAUGUAUUUGUGUGAGUACAUAAUGGCAUUUGAUGUCAUUGUUAUUCAGUGUCAAUAAAUAAAGUUUCUCAUGGUUCUCAUUUUCUAUUUCAA